CGUAGUAUUUGUGAUAAUCUCCACCAACUAUCUGAGGAAUCCUAUAUUAUAAAGGAACCUUAUGUGGAAUUUUAAUUUUCUGAUCGUCUUCACCAACUAUCUGAGGAAUCCCUAAAUUAUAAAGAAACCUUAUGUGGAAUUUUAAUACAUAGGUCGAAGGGUACUGACUUACUGUGUUUGUUUUACAAAGUCAUACUUAACCUAACCAGCAAAGCUAAAACAUAUUCUCUGUGUUCUGCAGAGCUGAACCAAAGAAAAGGAAAAAGGGCCAUAUCUUAUUCAGUUCUAAAAAUCUCUUCAUCUCUCUCAAACAAAAUCUCCAAUUUCUGGAAAGGAAUAUAAGGAAACAACAAAAGGCCCAGAGCGGGAUAUUUGGAAAAAAUGGCCAUCCUUUGCUUACCCUUUCAGAAACAGUACUGCAGAAUCCUCCAAACCCACAAACAACUCUAUGUCAUCGCUACUAUUAGAAACCCUAGUGAAGAAUGCAUCAUCAGAUAUCUACAUACUUUAGAGAAUUGUCAAAAUCCAAACCAAGAGCCAACUUCAUCAGCUCCACCAGAUUCUUUCUUGGUUGAGAAAAUUCUAUUGAAUUUAAGGCGAGAUCUAAUUAGCUUCAGUUCACUUAUUGGAGUGUCUUCAAGAAAUGGACAUCUUGAUCAAGCGUUAAUGUACUUUAGAGAUAUGAAGACAUCUGGCUUGGUUCCGGAUAAUGUGAUUUACACUAUUCUUAUAAAUGGUUAUUGUAGAAAUGGUAUGAUGUCAGAAGCUUUGGAGAUACGUGAUAAAAUGCUAGAGCAGGGUUGUGCUUUAGAUGUUGUGGCUUAUAAUACUAUAUUAAAUGGGUUGUGCAAAAAAAAGAUACUCGCAGAUGCAAAUGCACUGUUUGAUGAGAUGGUGGAAAGGGGUGUAGUUCCUGAUUUUUGCACUUUCACGACGCUCAUUCAUGGACAUUGCAAGGAGGGGAAUAUGGGUAAAGCACUAAGCUUAUUUGGAAUAAUGACUCAAAAGAAUAUCAAACCAGAUAUUGUAACGUACAACAUUUUAAUUGAUGGGUUUUGCAAGACAACUGAAAUGGAAAAAGCUAAUGAAUUAUGGAAUGAAAUGAUCUCUAGGAAGAUUUUUCCUAAUCACAUUUCUUAUGCCAUUUUAGUAAAUGGGUACUGUAAUCUGGGUUUUGUAUCUGAGGCCUUCAGAUUGUGGGAUGAGAUGAUCCGAAAGGGCAUCAAGCCUACUCUUGUUACUUGUAAUACUGUUAUAAAGGGCUAUUGCCGGUCAGGUGAUCUGUCAAAGGCUGAUGAAUUCUUGGGCAAGAUGAUUUCAGAAGGAGUUGGUCCUGAUAGCAUCACAUAUAACACUCUCAUUAAUGGGUUUGUAAAAGGAGAAUAUAUGGAUAAAGCUUUUUUUCUGAUAAAUAAGAUGGAAACCAAAGGGCUGCAGCCUGAUGUGGUUACAUAUAAUGUAAUUCUGAAUGGGUUCUGUAGGCAAGGUAGGAUGCAGGAGGCUGAAUUGAUAUUACGGAAAAUGAUUGAGAGAGGGAUAGAUCCUGAUAGAUCUACUUACACCACUUUGAUAAAUGGAUAUGUUUCCCAGGACAACUUGAAAGAAGCAUUUCGCUUUCAUGAUGAAAUGCUGCAAAGGGGGUUUGUGCCUGAUGAUGAUUUUUAGAUUGACUCACAUCCUGCAACUGUGAGUCAAUCUAAACGCAUGAUAUAGUUUCAUGACGGAAAGGAUAGUUUGAUUAAACACAUGAUCUAGGACUAAUGGAUAGGUUAGAUUUCAUGAAGGAAUGAUGCAAAGGGAAUUUGUGCCAGAUGAUAGUUCUUAAUUGUUUUGCUAUUGUAGCCUUUAUAACUUGUCAGAUCCCUUUCACUUUAUGCCAGAUUUGCACUACGAACUCCAGAAGCAAAGCUUUGUUCUGGAAUUAUGUGAAGUUCCUUGUUUAUUUGUUGACCGUGUUGAAGAGUUGUAGAGUUAGCUCGAUGUUGUCAAUCUGAUGUUAUUUUCAUCGGAUUAGGAGGAAGAUGGCUGGAGAGAAACCAUUAAGCAAUUUGACACUUGUGUAUUCAUAUGUUUCUUUCCAUGAUGAGUUCAUUCUUCCAUCCCUGAUUAAAACUUUGAACUUCGUGGACUAAACUCUCUUUGUUAAGCAAGGAUACUGAGCUGUGAAGCUGAAAAGCUCCAUGUCAUGUGCGGGCUCUGUUUGAAACAUUUUUAUUUACUCCUUGAUGUUAGCUUAUUCUAGUCUUCCCCUCUCCAUCCGAGCAGUGAAAUGAUUUAUGAAGAUUUUGCAGGGCAGUACAGUUGUUUCUCAGUCAUCAUUACAAGGAAUUUUGCUUUGUAUGAACUGUUUAAAGGUCAAUUUGCCCCCUCAACUUGGAGUCAAUGGUUAAUUUACUCAGAUUUUUAA